CCCGGCGUCUUCUCAGCGGCGUUUCGUAGCCCGGCGGUGGCCGGCACUGCGGCGGACAUGGGGUGGUGCGGGGGCGUGCUCUGGGCCCUGGAGGUGGCGGUACUGGUCACAUCAGCUUCUCUUGCUGGUGUAAGUGGAGAUGAAUUUAGUGUCUUACGAUUACCUCAGUCGGUUGUUUUUCGAGAUGGAAGUUGGCCCAUUCCUGGCGAGCGGAUCCCAGAUGUAGCUGCGUUGUCCAUGGGCUUUUCUGUUGAAGAGGACCUUUCCUGGCCUGGCCUUGCAGUGGGUGAUCUGUUUCACAGACCACGAGCUACUGUGCUGGUAACUGUGAAGGGAGUGGACAAGCUGGCACUGCCUGUGAAAGGGGUUUCUUACCCUAUUGAGAAUGCCGUUCCUUUCAGUCUUGACAGUGUUGCAAAUGCCAUUCAUACUUUGUUCUCUGAGGAAACUCCUGUGGUCUUGCAGCUGGCCCCCAGUGAGGAAAGGGUGUACAUGGUGGGUAAGGCAAACUCCGUAUUUGAAGAUCUCUCUGUCACGCUGCGCCAACUGCGAAACCGCUUAUUCCAGGACAACUCCAUUCUCGGCUCCCUUCCUCUCAACUCCCUCAGCAGAAAUAAUGAGGUUGACUUGCUUUUUCUGUCAGAACUACAAGUCCUACAUGAUAUUGCAAGCCUGCUGUCUCGACACAAGCACUUAGCCAAAGAUCACUCUCCAGACCUGUAUUCUCUGGAACUGUCUGGUUUGGAAGAGGUUGGAAAACGAUAUGGGGAAGACUCUCAGCAGUUCAAGGAUGCUUCUCAAAUUCUUGUAGACUCUUUGCAAAAGUUUGCAGAUGAGAUGUUUAAUCUGUACAGUGGGAAUGCAGUAGUAGAAGUGGUAGCUGUAAAGGCGUUUAAUUCUCCCAACAUAAGGAAGACUCGCUCAAUUCUCCAGUCUUCACAGAGCGAACCAGACAAUCCAUAUAACCUUGCCUACCCAUAUAACUACAACUACUCUGUAAUCUUCAACAUUAUUUUGUGGAUGAUGAUAGGUCUUGCUUUAGCUGUGAUAGUUAUCUCCUACAACCUCUGGAACAUGGAUCCUGGCUACGACAGCAUUAUUUAUAGGAUGACAAAUCAGAAGAUAAGAAUGGAUUGAACUGCACUCUAUUUCAGUGCAAGGAAAUGAUGAAGAGUAAGGUCUCCUUUAAACUGUCUGGAAAACAUAUUCUGAGAUGGUUACUUGUGGAAUUUUUUAAAGGUGUAUUUAUUUCUAAGUAUUUUUUUUUCCUCUUAAGCUUAUUUUAAAUGUUAGUGUAGCACCAGAUGGGGCUUAGAAAUUGAAAACUGCUUGUUAAAAAACCCCAACAAACCAACAACAAACAAUCCCCAAGGUAAUUGUUAUUAAAGUAACAUCAUUCCAUUUUUUUUAAUCAUAUAACAUGAGUUUUUGAAAUACCCUGUACUGCCUGUGACUGUGUGGAAACCAGAUGAAAUUAUGAUAGCAACAUGUUGUUUGAAACUUUUACACUGGAAGAUUAGAAGUUAUAAUGAAAUUGUUGUGUUGUAUAUUAUGAACCAGUUGUAAAUGUUUGAUGUAAAUAUUUAUAAUGGCUAUAUGUAACUUCAGAGAGGAUAGUAAUUAUUCUUUAGUAAUACACUAAAUAUAGAAAUAUUUCUACAAGACUACAAUCCUAGUGGCACAAAUGGCAUUUUGAUUUCAUGUUGAUGGCUCAGAUGUGAGCUGUAGUCAGAAGGAUCCUUUACCUAGAACUUGAAUGAUUUGGAGGUAAAUAACACUAGUGUGGCUGGACUGUACAGUGAAGAGUCUAUAGAUAUUGAAGUAGCACCAGUCUGAUCAUGGUCUCAUGUCAUGUACAGUUGAAAGUUCCUGUUAUGACGCUUCAUAUUCCUUCCAUUUGUGUUGAUGUUACUAUAAAAAAAUAAUUCUUUUUGAAGAUAAGAGUGGACCAACACUUGAGUGAAAUACACCUGGCUUAUAGUCCUGCUUCAACCAGUCAAUAAAACAAAGAACAGUUGUUCCUGAAUGCA